GACUAACAUGUCAGCGCCCAUGUAUUUUACUGCUGGGAUUUGAGGCGAGAAAAGACUGUGCUAUGUCUGGAUUUAUUGCUGUUCAUCUAGGUGCAGGAUAUCAUUCCCCUGAGAGGAAAUGUGAAUACAAUGAUACUGUGAAUAAAGCAUGCCAACAGGCAAUAUCUCUGCUUAAAGAUGGUGCAAGUGCAGUGGAUGCAGUUUCUGUAGCAGUAUCAACACUUGAGGAUAGUCCCUGCACAAAUGCUGGCCUUGGAUCCAACCUGACUAUAGAGGGUAGUAUUGAGUGUGAUGCUGGAAUCAUGGAUGGAGACUCUCUGCAUUUUGGAGCUGUUGGUGCAUUAGGAGGAAUACGGAACCCAGUUAAAGUAGCCAAAGCUUUAUUGUGUGAACAGCGCAAAGGACUGAUGUCUUAUGGUCGAAUUCCACCAUGUGUAAUGGUUGGGAAUGGUGCCCUCCAGUGGGCUCGAGAUCAUGGUUUCAAGGAGGUCAACACAAGUGCCCUAAUCACACCAAAGGCUCUUUCUUCCUAUCGGAAACACAAGAGGGCGCUGUCAGAGUGUAGCACCUUGCCAUUAGAUCAGCAAGAAACAUCUCCAAAGAGAGUGAAGGGAGAUAGGACCCAAAUGACAGAGAGGGAUACCAUGCUAGACACAGUAGGUGCAGUAUGUGUGGACAGCAGAGGUCAAAUUGCCAGUGCCGUGUCCAGUGGGGGUAUAGCCCUUAAACACCCAGGGAGAGUAGGACAUGCAAUGUUUAUUGGUUGUGGAUGCUGGGCACAGUCCCACACACAGACAUCUUCGUCAGCGAGUGUUGGAUGCAGUACAUCAGGAAGCGGAGAGCAGCUUCUAAGGUGCAAUCUAGCCCGAACGUGUUGUGAGGGCCUCCUUCACAGUGAAGAUCCUACCUCAUCACUCGGCAGCACUUUUCAGGGUCAAUAUUUAAAAUCACCUCUCUUGCCUGAUGAUGCAGCAAGGCUUGGUGGAGCUAUUGCAGUCAGAUACAACCAUACAGACAGAGCUGCAGAGAUUCUCUGGACACACUCCACAGAUAGUCUCUGUCUGGGCUACAUGGACACCACACAGAUCAAAGCAAAGAUGGUGAUAUCAAGAUUACCUACAGGAGCCAAAGCAGGAUCCACCUAUACCCUAGGUGGAGCCACAGUUCACCUGCCUUUGAGUGAAGAACCACCUUGAUGAUGGCUAAACUACCUCCAUUAACUAAGGCUGUCAUACUCAUAAUCAUCUUGGAAUGGGUACUGUAAAGGUUAGGGACAGGUCAUGAGCCUGAGAAGGAGCCUCAGGUACCUGACAAGGAGCUUCUUGAUGGACAGACUCCAUGCUGUUUUCAUCACCUUAAGUUUGCAGGAGCAAUAACAAAUGAAAACCAACUCUUGUGAUAGAGCCAUAUGUUGCCCAAUGUGAGCCAGCUGGAGCACAAGCAGGAGCCCUUAGAAGCACAAGAGGACCCUGUCAAUGGUGAUUCUCCAUGCCAAUGCUCUUGUAUUCCUUCAAUUUUGAUGAUACUCCUGUUGUGGUGGUGUGUCAACAUUGCUCCUGCAGGAGCAAAGGUGUUCUCCACAGGGAGCCAUCUAAUCAAGUUGAACUAUAGUAAGUUAAUGGCAGAGAAUGCUUAAUGAAGGAUGUGUUCACAGUUAUUUAUCAAAGUAUAUGUCAGCUGAAGCAGCUUGAGUCACUGUAAAGACCAACUUUUGAUUAAAUACAUGCUUGAAAUUAAUCUCACCUCCAAUCAUAAUAUACAGUAUAAAAGAAAACACAAAAUUUCUGAAUCAUCUAUUUUUAUAGAAAUUUAUUUCAUCUUUUUUUUACAUUAACAAUCAAAUUCAAUUACAAUCAUAGGCAAUGAAUUGAAAUUUGAAUCAUUUGGCAAAGACAUAAUGAAUUUCAUCAGUAUCUGAUGAAAUGAUGAGAUAGUACAUCCAAAUUUUCAACUUUAUUGCUGAUAGUAAAACCUGCUUGAUUGAUAUGUUUAAUAAACUCAGAUUGACAACACACAGCACCAUCUUGUUGAGCUCAUUUUGUGUUACAUCAUGGAGAGGAAUAGACAACAUUUAUCAGGUUAGUCUUUACAACAUACCCUAAAACAAAUAAAGAUGUUCUUUAAAUCAGAGAGAGGGCUGUUUCGUAAAAAUAAUCAAUAAAGUUAUGUAAAACUUUAUGAACACCCAGACCCCAUCAAACAAAGAGUUAUGAUAGAAUAUCAGUUGUGAUUUUAUAUGGUAAUGGUAUAUGGCAAUUCAAGUGUGCUUCUGAAUCAGUUUCAAUCACAUUAGUUAAAGUAAAAUCUGCUGAUGCUUUUCAGACUAACUUGCCUUGUUACUACGAUGUAUACUAUUUAUUUUUCACAAUUUGAAUUUAAG